AUGUACGCAGUUGCCAUUAAAAAACUGCCUUUUCAGGCCUACGAAUCAGCAGCCAAACGUCUAAUGCUGGAGAAUAAAGACUGUGUAAAAGUCGUUCCGGAACUAAGAAAAAAGUCUCGACGCGAAUACCUGAAAAAACGAGAAGUCGACAAGGUGGAGGAGCUUGAAGCAGACAUUGAAGAUGAAGUGAAGAUUUUUUCCGGCGAAAGACUAACGAAGCGAGAGAAGGCUGAUUUUGAAUACCGUAACAAAGUUUUGCACUUGGCGAAAGAGUACAAAAAGGCAGGGGACAUCGAGAAAGCGGAACGUUACUAUAUGCCAGUCGAGGCGAAGAACGUUUCAAGGAGAUACGUGGAAGUGGACACGCGCGAACUGGGACCAGGGGGUGAACAGCGCAAAUGGGAGGAAGAAAAGUUGAUGAACGCUUUGAUUAAAUUCGGAGCUCAAGAUGCGAAGCAAAAGCGUCGUGACGGCGAGUUUGAACUCGUACUGGAAGACACUGUUGACUUUGUCAAGGCACUGCAGAUGCCGGGAAACGUGGAGGUAACAAAAAUUAUUGCUCAGAUACACCGAGGAAUGUUAAAACAGUCUUGUAUUACAUUUUUAUAUUCUACUGACGCACUCGACUUAGGCUCCAUAGCAAAAAGGUUUUUUCGAAACUAUACGGACACACGUAGAAAAUGUUUGCCUCUAUCAGGAAACCAGUGAGU